CGGCCUUCUUCUCUUCCCUCGUCGUCUUCUUUCUUUUCCAGAUCUUGUGGCAUUGUGUUUCUUACUCCUCUGUUAGGGUUUUGUGACUCGCUGAUCCCUUUUUUUAAUCAAAUACAAGUGAAUCGUUUUGAAGCUGAAUCGCCGCCAUUAUCAUAUCUAGGCUUUAGCCGAAAUGUGUUGGGACUGUGUUUGUGUUUGCGUUUAGAGCCUUCGCUGGGCAUAAUCUCAAGGAUUUUUCUUUUGUUGUCUCUAUUAACGAAAAUGGAACAACGAUGCAAAAUCGGUGGUGAAAGCUUGAGAAAUCGAAAUUCUGUAAAUGAAGAUAGAAUCAGCGAAUUACCUGAAGCUUUGCUUCUGGAGAUAUUAUCUUCACUUCCAACAGAAAAUGUCAUAGCUACGAGUGUUUUGUCUAAACGUUGGAGAUCUCUUUGGAAGAUGGUGCCAAAGCUCGAAUUUGAUUCUAAAAUUCACAAAAGUGAGCACCAUAGAUUUUCAGAGAUUGUUUGUAGGUCUUUGCUUUCACAUAAAGCUCCGGUUCUAGAGAGUCUUAGUUUGGUAGUUAGAGAUAAAACUGAAGCUUUGGAUAUUGGAAUAUGGGUUGGGAUUGCAUUUUCACACCAUGUGCGUAAAUUUGUACUGGAUCUUUGGAAUAAGGGAGAAAGGUUAGUCAAAUUUCCGAGUGUUUUGUGUAGCUGUAGCAAUACACUCGAGGUCUUGAUACUCGAGGAUAUAAUUAUAGACCUUCCUUCUCGGGUUUGUUUCAAAUCUCUUAGAGAGCUGCACCUUUACUAUGUGGAGUUCAAAGACGAUGAAUCUGUUUUCAACCUUUUAUGUGGCUGCCCUACCCUUCAAGAUUUGGUUGUUUUUCGACAUCCCAAUAUGGACAUGGUGGAUACUUUCACUAUUGCGGUGCCUUCAUUACAGAGACUAACCAUAGAAGAGAAUAACGCAGUAAUGAGGGAGGGAGGUUAUGUGAUUAAUGCUCCUUCUUUGAAAUACUUGAACAUCAAAGGGUUUAGUGGUCUUGAAUGUUUUCUGGUUGAGAAUGCGCCAGAGCUGGUGGAGGCCAAAAUCAUUUACGUUUCUGAAAUAACCUAUGAGAAGAUUCUCGAAUCUCUGACUUCAGCCAAACGCCUCUCCUUACGCAUAUCACCUUUAGAGAUUAAGUAUCCUACUGGUAUUAUUUUCUAUCGGCUUCUAUAUUUGGAGCUGACUACAAAUGAAAGCGAGUGGUGGAAUCUACUUUCGCUCAUGCUCGAUGGUUCUCCUCAAUUACAAAACCUCAAGCUCAUCGAUUCAUGGCCGUAUAGAGAUAAAGAUUGUUUGGUGGACUGGAAAUGGAAUCAGCCGAAACGUGUACCGGAAUGUUUGUUGCUCCAUCUUGAGACAUUCGUGUGGACAAAAUACGAAUGGCAACGAGAAGAGGAGAAAGAGGUGGCCGCAUACAUCCUAAAGAACGCAAGGCGGUUGAAGAAAGCAACAAUCUCCACAAAACCAAUUGAAUCUAAACAGCUCGAGAAGUUGGAAAAGAGACGUGAGAUGCUCAACGAGUUGGCUAGUGAGGUCAAAGCUUCAGUUUCAUGUCAACUCGUGUUCGAAGCUGAUACGUUUUCUUAUAGACACUCCGGUCCUCGUAGAGUGGUAGUACCACAUACGUUUUCUGUUACAUUGGGCACGACAGAGAAAGAAUAGAGUUUCACUUCAUUUUUUCAGAUACUAACGGCUUUUUAAAAGAAAUGAAGAACAAUGUAAUCUUAUUAGGUUGAAGUGAUCUUAUUAGGUUGAUUAGUAUUAGGUUGAAGUAAUCUUAUUAGGUUGCGAUAAACAAAGUUUAGUAAUUUGU